AUGGACGAGGUGGAGUAUGACGUCACCAAGGCUCGGCAGAAGAAGACCAAGGUGGGCUCCUUCCGAGUGAAUCCUGAUGGGACGCAGGAGAGGAGAAAGAUUCCCUUAGCCCAGUCGGAGGCAUUUCUCACAGACCUCCUGGACAAAGUGUGUGAGCGGAUGAAUGACUACAAGCUUGAAGACGACCCCGUGACCAAGGAGAAGACUUUCAAGAGAUUUGCUCCCAGGAAGGAGGACGACAUAUACAAAGAAUUUAAAAAAUUCUAUUUUUAUUCAGAUGCUUACAGACCUUUGAAAUUCGCGUGUGAAGCUAUAAUAGAAGAGUAUGAGGAUGAAAUACUCUCCCUUAUCGCCCAGGAGGUGCACCACCUCGCUGACAAGCUGUGCAGUGGAAAAUCAGGUCUGUGCAAAACUUCUGCUAAUCAUACUGAACUCUAGGAAGGACGGGGCUGCUGGGCAGAAAGGAGUCA